UGGACAUGAAGUAGCUUGGUAUUGAGGCCCGAGAGGCACCCAGAAUACCAGAGAUUUUUAUCCGUGAUUCCUGUGGUCUUACACGGUCUUGUCGUACUAUAACGUAUACCAAAUGGGCUGUGUCAAAUUUGUUAUAAGUGUAAGUGGAACGUGUCAGCGGAGCCGCGGGCGCCAUCGAUCAUGCGUCACAAAGCAUGCAGAUUUCUAUAUGGGUGUGCCGCCAAAGUCUGUUCCAGAUCCCAGCACGCGCGCGUCUUCCCAAAGGAUAAGUGGCUUCACCUAUUGCGUAGUGAGCACCGAACACAUCCACCAAUAUCUCUUCAAGAACUGCGGUGACAGACCAGCAGUUUCCCUUCUGGUUGUCAGUCAAUGGCUGUUCCGCCGACAACAGCCGACUCUCACCUCGAAUAGACUAUAUGAACGGCAUUCAUCCAACACAACCUCAAGGAUACUCAUGAAAUCUCGGAGUGAGAUGCAUAGCGGUGGCUCUAGUGCUGCCUCGCUUGGCCUCCUGUCAGGACCCACCGUAUCUGCCGCAUCUGUCCGAUCUCGAGCAAUCUGGUAGGCAGGUGGGUGACGCCAUGGGAAUGUUUUCACUUCAAAUCAUUUGAAGCGAUGGAGAAAUGUAUCGAAACGUGACUGACACCUUUAUCAAAAUGGAUCACAGUUUGGCGCACUGGUGUCCGGGCCCAUUGAUCAAUUUGAAUUGCACCCUCCCAACCCAGCUUUGCCGCGAGGU